CUUGAAAAGGUGACGCCAGCUCCGAAGCGCGUGAUCUUUUGGGACGAAAUUGGCGCAGUGGGAUUGGGUGGUUUCAGUGGUUUCUGCUUAUAGGUUAUCAUUUUGUAUAUUCUGUUUCAACCAGUCGUUUGAAAGAUAUUAAAAUAGCUGCCUAUUUGCUGCCGUGGUCUUCACAUCUGAUAAGUGGUAAGCUGGAGGAGCUGAGUACAUCUGAUGCAGACCAUGAGUGCAGCCGCUGAGUGCGACUCCAAAGAGCCGUACUCCUCCGACACUGACGAGUCGGAGGAGCAGCAGUCGCCUCCCGAUGACGUCGAUCACGAGGAGGGCGAGGAUGGGGAGGGGGAGGAGGAGGACAUCGGCGGUCUGACCGAGGCGGAGCGCCAGGAGAUGGAGAGGCUCAACUCCCAGCUGGACUUCCUCAACAUGGCCCUGGACGAGUUCGAGGAGAAAAACUCGAACCUGCAGCAGAGGCUGCUGGAUUUUCUGUCUCAGAACUCGUCGACCGAGUCGGAAAAACCGACAGCCGCGGGCUCCAGUAGCGAUAAGAACGAGGGCGCGACGGACUCGACCGGCAAAAGCUAGCGUGUUUCAAAUAUCAUAUUCUUGUCUAGUGUGUGGUCAAUGUAUCUUGUGACUAUGUGACCAUGUUUAACAACAUGUUUUGUGCGUCCUGAAAAAAUGACUGUCCGGAAAUGUCGAGUAGGUAUUCAAAGUGACAGCCUGUUGAUUUGAUUACGUCUAAGUCUCUCAGGCGGGAUUGAUGUAUUUUGCGUGAAGCUGAGGGUGAGCCGAUAUUUGCGGUGGUCAUAUCCGCAGCUGACAAAGGCGUUCGAUAUCCGUAGCGAUCGAUGUGUAUAGACUGAGGACUCGGCAGUCAGUGACGUGUUGCAGUGGUGUAGUGAAGACAUUCCAUAUACUCGAGUGCUGAGUGACGAUGUUGUAUAAUAUAGUCAGGUAUACAGGCGGGAGGCGU